CCAAAAUAGAGCCAGCGCUCAGUCUGGAUUCAUCUCUGGAUCACACACUAUUAGUGGUUUACAACACCUCUGUUCUUUUAUAUUUACCACUACUGUACAAAAUCUGUCAUGGGGCCCAUAGGCGGAGGAAUAUCCCCUGAUGCAAAGGUUGCAGAUGAAAAGGUCCAGCUGAUCUGUGAUGAGGUGAAACCUCAUGUGGAGAAAAAAGCAGGGAGGACCUAUGAUGUUUUUACCGCCAAGACCUACAAGACUCAGGUGGUUCAAGGGACAAACUACUUCAUAAAGGUCCACAUCGGUGGAGAAGAUCACAUUCACCUCCGUGUUUGGAGAAAACUCCCGUGUUACGGAGACGAUGCUUAGAUGACCGACAUGCAGGUCUCCAAGAGCCACCAUGACCCCAUUGAGUACUUCUAAGGCUCACAGUGAAGAUCCGAGAUCAUGCGGACGGCAGUGAAGAAAGCAAAUAGUCAAUAUCCAGCAUACAAAGUGCACCUCAUAUGUUGAUAUCAUAUAACAGCUGCUCUUGUGUAAAUUGUUUACUCCUCAGUAAAUCAUGCAAAUCACAUGUUUCAUCAAUUAAAAUAAUCAUUUGUAAGCA